GACAAAGUCUUUCAGAUAAAAACUCCAAAAAUGAAGGCUAAAGGACAGUUGAGGGAAUAUGAGGUUAUCGGCCGUAAGCUCCCGUCGGAGAACGAGCCCAAACCUCCCUUGUAUAAAAUGAGAAUUUUCUCUCCGGAUCCAAUUGUCGCCAAAUCUCGUUUCUGGUAUUUCCUGAGACAACUUAAGAAGUUCAAGAAGACCACUGGUGAAAUUGUCUCUAUUAAGGAAAUUCCAGAGAAAAGCCCCAUCAAGAUUAAGAAUUUUGGUAUCUGGCUACGCUAUGAGUCUCGUUCAGGUGUACACAACAUGUACCGUGAAUACCGUGACCUGAGUGUAGGUGGAGCUGUCACUCAGUGCUACAGAGAUAUGGGAGCUAGACACAGAGCCCGAGCUCAUUCAAUACAGAUUAUCAAAGUGGAAGUAAUCAAGGCUGCUGCGUGUCGCCGUCCACAGGUCAAACAGUUCCACAACAGCACCAUCAGAUUCCCAUUGCCCAAACGUGUGCACCACUACAAGAGACUUAAUACCUUCGCGUACAAGAGGCCUAGCACUUACUUCUUGUAAUUGUAAUGUACGUCACAUAACAAUAAAACCCAUGUAAAAAUGGAAUAAAGUUUCUUUUUAUAUCCCACAAU